AGUUUUCUGCGAUACACGUGUCCUUGCACGUCUUCCUUCUACGCACGGUAGACCGUGGAUGGACCCCACUCCGUGGAUACAAAGACGCUACUGCUAUUACAGACUGUAAAUAUCGCGCUUGGACAUUAUUCGGAUCGUGACUUGGACGAUCGUGAAAUGUUGCAUCAAAUGAAUCCUGACUUUCUGGAUGCGAAGUCCGAAACCUCAGGGAAAACAUGUCUGGAGUCCUGCAUCGUGCGCCCAAGGAUAUCACGAAAAGGAGAUAGCAAUGAUUAUAUUAUGAGUCCUCUUCGAAACGAGUGUUCUGCGUAUGAAGAGGCGUAUAAGAAAUCAUUGGAAUGCCCGGAAGAAUUUUGGGGUGAAAUUGGUGAUUGUAUUGAUUGGAACAAACGCUGGGAAAAGGUCUUGGACAAUUCCAACGAACCGUUCACAAAAUGGUUUGUCGGUGGAGAAUUGAACGCUUGUUACAACGCGGUGGAUCGCCAUGUGCGCGCCGGGUACGGAGAGAAGACAGCCCUCAUCCACGACAGCCCCCAAACGUCGUUAAUACGUAAAGUGACGUACAACGAGCUCCUGGAAAAGACAUCCGUGCUGGCGGGCGCAUUGGCGGAUCUGGGGGUGCGCAAAGGGGACAGGGUGAUUAUAUACAUGCCACUGAUCCCCGAGACUAUAAUCGCGAUUCUUGCCACCGCCAGACUCGGGGCGAUUCACUCGGUGGUCUUUGGAGGCUUCGCAGCAAACGAAUUGGCGUCUAGAGUAGAUCAUGCCGAACCGAAGGUUAUUAUCGCCGCGAGUUGCGGUUUAGAACCGUCCAAAGUCAUUAAGUAUACUACUAUGUUAAACGGCGCUAUGGACAUGAUCACUGUACCAAAGCCGAAGUGUAUUGUAUUUCAAAGAAGAAACGUAUGGGAAGCCCCGUUAAUCGAGUCACAAUUCGACUGGGAUGAUCUCAUGAAGCGAUCGAAGCCUCAUCCAUGCGUGAUGGUUGAAGCUAAUGACCCACUGUAUAUAUUGUACACAUCAGGAACUACAGGACAACCGAAAGGAAUUAUAAGACCAAUAGGCGGUCACUUGGCGACGCUAUGCUGGACCAUGAAAAUGGUUUAUGGAAUGAACAAAAACAGCGUUUGGUGGGUGGCUUCAGAUAUGGGAUGGGUUGUCGGGCAUUCCUACAUUUGUUAUGGUCCCCUCCUCUAUGGCGUAACGAGCGUGAUGUACGAAGGAAAACCCGACAGGACUCCAGAUGCUAGUCAAUAUUUCAGAAUCAUUGAGCAACAUAAUGUAAACGCGUUAUUCUGUGUGCCUACUGCUCUACGAGUUAUAAGACGGGCGGAUCCGGAAACGCUAUUAGGAAAGAAAUAUUCGUUAAAAUCCUUAAAAACAAUAUUCGUAGCUGGAGAAUUUUGCGAUUACGAAACAAAAGCCUGGGCCGAGAAAACGUUUAAAGUGCCCAUUUUAAACAAUUGGUGGCAAUCAGAAACUGGACAUCCCAUCACAGCGUUGUGCUUAGGAUACGGUCACUAUGCCAGUUUGCCCAAGUUCAGUACAGGACUUCCUAUACCUGGAUAUGAUAUACACAUCCUGCGUGAGGACGGAAGUGAGGCGUCGCAACACGAACUCGGACGUAUCGCGAUAAAAUUACCCUUGCCACCUGGAUGUAUGUCGACCCUUUAUCAAGCAUCCGAGAAAUUCAAGCAAGUAUACUUCUCGAGAUUCCCGGGUUACUAUGACACGAUGGACGCGGGAUAUAUCGAUGAAUUCGGUUACGUUUAUGUCACAGCGAGAGACGACGAUAUUAUAAACGUGGCUGGCCAUAGAAUAUCCACGGCUGCGUUAGAGGAUAUUAUUCUAGCUCAUACCAAUGUGGUGGACGCCGCGGUUGUGGGUGUACCUGAUCAUACGAAGGGAGAAGUCCCGCUGUGUCUUUACGUUAGAAGAGAAGACGCGAUGAACAACGAAGGAGAAAUAAACCAAGAAUUAGUCGCGCUGGUGAGGAAGAUGAUAGGGCCAAUCGCGUCUUUUCGCACCGCCGCCGCUGUCACCGCGUUACCUAAAACGCGCUCCGGAAAAAUAAUCCGUAAAUCGAUCGCCAUGUUGGCGCGGUCGAAACAAAUCAAGAUUCCAAGCACGAUCGAAGAUCCAACAGUAUUUCUCGAGAUCAAGGAGGUACUCCAAAAGCUUGGCUACGCAAAACUGGCCCCGGAUCCACAAUGACCAGCACUUCGAACGAAUAAUUCUUCGGCGUCCAGGGUGUUCUUGAAGAUAAGAAAAAGAAAAAAAAAUAGAAAAAAUAAAAAACGACUUUCCGAAGAUGCGUGCCAAAAUGUACUGAUAUUAAAUGUAUAAUUCAUGUAUGCUUUAGAUUUUUAUUAUUGUCAGUAUAUUUCAGGAAAGCAUCUCGAGUAUCGUAAUUUUGUACGCGGAUUCCAUUUUCAAUCGCAGGAUGUCCAACCUUCUGCGAUCCAAGCGGAAUAAAUAUGUACACAGAAAGUUGGAGACAAAUCGUAGAUAUCUUUCUUACUUGCAUUGUAUAUCUUUCUUUCUUUUGAAGAGCGAGAAAUUUUUGUGCGGAAAAUCCAAGUAGAAUGAAAAAAA